AUGGAAGAAGCAAUAGAGAAUCGUCUUCCUCGUGCAUGGAUUGCUAUGGAAUAUGUUGAGAAAGAUUCACAGCUCAAUUUUUACAUUAAAAAGGUAUCCGAUGCUCCUCUAGUCAUUUACUCGAAUGAAAUCGUUUCGAGAGCAAAAAUCUUUGUCGUAAAAGGAGUCGUUCGUCGGAGUUGGAUGGGGAGAAAUCGAGUGAUCACUGAACAGGAAAUUCUUGCCUUAAAGCCAAUUAUCUGGAAAACAUUAACGGUUUCACGCUGUGAUACCACAAUUUUCAAUGAGUUUUUCUCGUGCGAAAUCGAGAAUUCAAUGUUUCAUCGAACACUCCUUCGAAUACAACUUUGUGAUGUUGAUACGAAGAAUGAGGAGGAGAAUUGUGUAGUUGUCGCAGAGACAGAUUUCUGGAUCGACUCUCCUGUUUUACAAUUUGUCGAAUUUGAGAUCCCGAUGCAACUCGCGAAUCCGGACUUGGGCGAACUCGAAUUUGGACUCAACUAUCUCCUAUCUGCUCAAAGAGUGAUUUUCACAAAUUGUAUUGGUACAAAUCUUCAAAUCAGAGAGGAUUCUUGCGUGAUUUUCAUUGAAGCUGCACUGUAUGUGAGAGGAAAAAUCAAGGAAAGACAUCGAACUGAACGUCGAGAUGCCGAUUUCGAGCAAGAAUGGACAACAAAAUUGAUCUUCGAUCUUCAUCGAAAAGAUGUUUACGAUGCGAUCCUCGUGAUUUCUCUCUUUGAAAUGGAUGUAAAAGAAAAUGUCUCAAAGAUUGGCCGUAUCGCCGUUUCAUUUUGCUCUCCAUCAACCGAUCACUCACAUUGGCAUUCGAUGCUCAGAAAUUGUCGAUCACGUGCCACACAAACGCAUAAAUUGGUACCGGCUGUU